CCCGGGCAGCCGGGCCAUGGUCGCGGUCCCCUGACGGGCCGCGGCCGCCUCCAUGAAGCGCAAGGGCGAGCGGCGCUCGGCUUGGGCCACCGCGCCCCCCUGCUCGCGCCGCAGCUCGUCCGCCUCUCCCGGCGUGAAGAAGAGCCGCAGCUCCACGCCGCAGGAGCUGCACCGCCUGGACCAGCAGGACGACCUGUACCUGGACAUCACGGAUCGCCUUUGUUUUGCCAUUCUCUGCAGCAGACCAAAGACUGCAUCAAACGAGCAUUAUUUCAGCAUAGAUAAUGAACUUGAGUAUGAGAACUUCUACGCGGAUUUUGGACCACUCAAUCUAGCAAUGGUUUACAGAUAUUGUUGCAAGAUAAAUAAGAAGCUCAAGUCCAUUACAAUGCUGAGGAAGAAAAUUAUCCAUUUUACUGGCACUGAUCAGAGAAAACAAGCGAAUGCUGCCUUUCUUGUUGGAUGUUAUAUGGUUAUAUAUUUGGGGAGGACUCCAGAAGAUGCAUAUAGAACAUUAAUCUUUGGAGAUACAGCCUAUAUCCCUUUCAGAGAUGCUGCCUACGGAAGCUGCAGUUUCUACAUUACACUUCUUGACUGUUUUCACGCAGUGAAGAAGGCAAUGCAGUAUGGCUUCUUUAAUUUCAACUCAUUUAACCUUGAUGAAUAUGAACACUAUGAAAAAGCAGAAAACGGAGAUUUCAACUGGAUAAUACCACAGCGGUUUCUUGCCUUCUGUGGACCCCAUUCAAGAUCCAGGCUUGAAAGUGGUUACCACCAACAUUCUCCUGAGACUUAUAUUCCAUAUUUUAAGACUCACAAUGUAACUACCAUUAUUCGUCUGAAUAAAAGGAUGUAUGAUGCUAAGCGCUUUACGGAUGCCGGUUUCGAUCACCAUGAUCUUUUCUUUCCGGAUGGCAGCACCCCUGCUGAGGCAAUUGUCCAAGAGUUUCUGGAUAUUUGUGAGAAUGUGGAGGGGGCCGUUGCAGUGCAUUGCAAAGCUGGCCUUGGUCGUACAGGCACUUUGAUAGGUUGCUACCUCAUGAAGCACUACAGGAUGACAGCAGCCGAGUGCAUCGCCUGGCUCAGAAUCUGUAGGCCUGGCUCUGUGAUUGGGCCCCAGCAGCAGUUCCUGGCCAUGAAACAGUCAAGCCUCUGGCUGGAAGGUGACUAUUUCCGUCAAAAGUUGAGAGGGCCGGAGAAUGGAUCCCUCGGAGAAGAAGCCUUUUCCAAACACCUCUCGGAUGUUGAUGACAUUUCGAUAAAUGGGCUUGAGAAUCAAGACAAAGAAGAGCCUGAGCCGUAUAGUGAUGAUGAGGAAAUCAACAGAGUGACACAAGGAGACAGACUUCUGGCCCUGAAAAGUCGGAGACAGUCAAAACCCAACACUAUCCCCCUCACAGUAAUUCUUCAGUCAAGUGUUCAGAGCUGUAGAACCCCUGAACCUAACCUUUCUGGCAGUGCAGGCAUUACUAAACGAACCACCAGAUCUGCUUCGGGGAAAAGCAGUCUUAAAAGCCUGGCUCCUUGGAGGGAAAGGAGGAGGAGUGCUUUGCAGCAAAUGCCCGUGCUGGCGCUAUGUCCAGCCAUUUCAAGGACUAAGACAGUCUUGCGUUAAAGUAAAAAAACAGUGACCAGCACUCCAGGGAAGACUAGGAACAGAAAAACGCAACAGGAUUUAGCCAAUCGAUCUGAGAACAAAACAGAUACUACAAUGGCCUUAGUUUCUUUCCACAUCAGAAGUUCAUUCAAUGAAGAAAAUGUCACUGGCCUCUCAACUACUCACUGACUUGAAGCAUUUGAGGGCCUGACUCUCCUUUUUGUAAUCUCAAGUUGGACAAAAGCUGCUGUUGUGACUUUAGUCUCAGGUGUCAAUGCCCUGCCCUCUGGCACCAGAGCGGUGACUGGUGAGUGUGGCACAUGUGUGUCCUGUGAUGGCAAUCGUGUUUGCUGCUGCCUUCAGAAGAGUGGAGGAUCUGAUGGAGGUCUCUUAGGUGUUUAUUUUUGUUCAGCCUGUGAUUCCCAUCAUGCAGUUUAUGAAGAUGAAGGGAGAUGAAUAUCUUCCUGGUGGUACCCUCCGUCUUAAGACACGAUUCGGUACAAUCAGUUUCACUUUACUCUUGUUAAUACUGUUGUGAUGUUCAUUGUGUGAAGUACCCAAGCUGCUUGUCUUUCACCAAAGAGUGCUUUACUAACAAUCUGUGAACACUGCAUUUGAACACUGUUGUGCGUUGUUGUGGUUAUCUAAAACUUGCUAGAGAACGUUGCCGUAAGGUUGCCGUAAGGUUGCCGUAAUUGUGUCCUUUAGGAUGAAGAUUUAUUGGGUUGCUCAGUCAUGUUAUAAUUGUGUUUCCUCCAUUACAUCAAAACCAAAUAGCAACACUAACAUUUGUCUUUGGAAAACCAACUUAAAUAAUGGUGGCUUUAAAAACAAAUUUGUUAGCCCUUUGUAGAGAUUUUCUCUGUAAUGCUGUGGAAUUUUUUUUUUCCUUGUGAUUCACAGUUUGAUUUUAGUGACAAUCACUUGCUUCUGGAGUUGGGCUGUUUGUAUAAGAGAACUCACUGUUGCCUUUGGUUAGGGAAUACGACUAGAAACUGUAGUGUGCCUUCUCUCUUCACCACUGCUGGAAGCCAGCAGCACCCGUGCCAUGAAGCGAUCACAAAACCAGAGUUUAUUUGCUACCCAAAAAAAAAAAAAAAAAAAAAAAAGACAGAGCCCAUAAUUAGAAAACAUUUCACAGUUGUCUUGGUUCCUUCCACAAUAAAGGAUAAUGGUUUUUCCUCCCCCAGUUUGGAGACUGGAGAAAUGCAGUAUUGAAAGCCAUUGAGAGCCAAUGCCUUCCCUAAAACAGAUGAAUGUCAGUGAGCAGGCCACCUGGGGAGCUGCCUUCUCUAUAGCUGUUUCGGACAGAUUAAAGUCUGGUGAAUGGCAUCCCCCACUGCAGUGUUUCCACCCUCAGCUUGCAUUGGCUGGCAUUGGGUGGGGGCCCUGAGGUGGUCAGUGUGAAUGCACACAAAGAGCCCCUCCCUAGACAUCACAUAGCUUUCAAAUAUGGGAGAAAGGCAGUUGAGGUACGACUUGUUAGCCCUGGAGAUGAACAGGCUUAAGAUCUAGGUAAAAGGACAAACAUUUCAUUUAUAGAUAAUGCUAAAUCAAUCUGUGCCUGAGUCUGAAAUAACUUGACAUGGUUGGUCUUCCUUCUCUGAACAAGCUAGGCCAGGUACCUAGGAUUCUCCGUCAAUCUGAACUAAGCUGGAUUUGUCCUCAUGUGUCAGGAUGAGUGAACGAGGCCUGCCCAUUGUGACCUGUGGUUAGCCUGUCUGGGAGUAAACUGCCUGGGCAUUGGUGAUGGCCACACUGCUUUUUAAAAAGCGCCUCUUGUGUGGGCAUCCCCACUCAGCUAGCAGUGCUGCCACUGUGGCUCUUGCUAAAAUUCCUUGUAUUUAACUCUCUUGCUGAAGUUACUUAGGAAAUGAGUUGGUGGGGACAUGUCCCCAGGAAAACCUGCUUGAUGCUGGAACAGCACUGGAGUGAACUGCGUAGCAACUGACUAGUGACAUCCAACAUCCAAGAAACCUCUGGGUCAGACUAAAGGAAGAUCCCACCUGCCGGGAAUUAGUGGACAACCCCUUCCCAAAUACAACUACCUGGAAACUUCUGGGGUAGAAGAACCUGUUGCUACAGAGCACAAGUGAAUAUUGGAUGGAGGGGCCCCUUUACCUUAAGAACUUUGAAUAGCUUUGUAAGUACAUCAAGUCCUCUUCCAGCAGAAUUAAAAUAAAAAAAAGUGUAUUUAUAGGUGCCCUUGAAUCUUUUUUGGAGACUCAGACCAUCCUGAGUCCAAGAGAGGAAUGUCUGCAAAGCUGGGCUUCAGGACUUACGAUGAAGUAAUGAAAUUCUGAGGUCCAACCAGAACUUUUCAGGCCUUGAGGCAAGAAUGGGUGGCACCACAUUCACGGGUAGCAGUAUUUGUCUAAUAUUUGCUGUUCUUCCUCAGAACUUCCCAGCUUUAACUUGAUUCCCCAAAUCUAGCCCCUAUCCAUUGUCCUGCCCUGCCCUACUGCUCCUUUCUCAGGGGUGGCUUCUACCUCUUGGCUUGGGCCCUGACAGGUCAUAGAGGCUUUCCCAAAUGUUCUCACGAGGUCUGGCAGGCCUUUCCAGAUUUCUGGGUAGUUUGUGCCUAGAACUCCUUAGGUCUCUCUUAGCCCGAACAGCUGUGACAUGUAAGUGUUUGUUAAUUUGGUAUGUGUUCUAUAAGUAACAGCUGCUUUUCUUCAUGUAUGUAUUUUUACACAUUCUUACUGUAUUGGAAAGCAGUUGGUCAAAAACCUUAAAACUUUUUUUUUCUUUUUUUUUUUUUUUUUUUUAGCAAGAUGAUGGUGGCAGGUACCCACCAUCAUCUCUGUGAGUUCAAGGCCAGCCUAGUCUACAGAGCGAGUUCCAAACAAAUAAACAAACUAUGUUCUUUAAGGUUUCUCUCCCACCAAAAUGUCCUAGUGAGGACAUUAGCUACUGCUCUUGCAUUUCUCAUUAAAUCUGAGUGUUUCUCAUGUCAGAGUGGAAGUACUAUAGAUCUGUUUAAAAGACUUGCCUAUAUGGUAUACGAAAUUACCUCCUUAAUGAUCCAAUGAACUCACUGUGGAUAGACAUGUCUGUCAGGAUAAAGUACUACAGUUUUACAUCCAUUGUUUGAAGAUUUUAUUGUAUACUCGUGUACAAAUUAAGUGAAGUUUUAAAAUGGAACUGAUGAGUCAGUAUUUGGUCAUUGUCUUGAUAUUUUAUUAAAUUGUAUAUUCUAACCAUAUUUUUUAAAGCUGAGAGAACUGGUUGGAUGUUUAUUCUCCUGAAGGUAUUUUUAAGAUAAAAGCUUCGCCAUAGCUUGUAAACUUAGCACAUAUGUAGUUUUUGAUACUUCUUGUUGCAUUUGAAAAUCUUGUGUAUUGUAAAAAUAGUUUUAUACAAAGUACUAAAUAGUAGAAAUUGUAUAAUUUACAAUCAUAUAAUUAAAAACAUUA